CCCCCCCAGGGCAGGCCCUGCGGACACCCCUCCCUCCGGCUGGCGGAUGCAGUGCCUAGCGGCUGCUCUUAAGGACGAAACCAACAUGAGUGGGGGAGGGGAGCAGGCCGACAUCCUGCCGGCCAACUACGUGGUCAAGGACCGCUGGAAGGUGCUGAAGAAGAUCGGGGGCGGGGGCUUCGGUGAGAUCUACGAGGCAAUGGACCUGUUGACCAGAGAGAACGUGGCCCUCAAGGUGGAAUCCGCCCAGCAGCCCAAGCAAGUCCUAAAGAUGGAGGUGGCUGUGCUCAAAAAGUUACAAGGUGCGGGUGGGAGCCUCAGGUGGGGUGAAGGAUGGAGGGUGGCCUGUCUCCCCUCCCAGGGCCGGAACCUGGCCGACCUGCGCCGCAGCCAGCCCCGAGGCACCUUCACGCUGAGCACCACGCUGCGGCUGGGCAAGCAGAUCCUGGAGUCCAUCGAGGCGAUCCACUCUGUGGGCUUCCUGCACCGGGACAUCAAGCCGUCAAACUUUGCCAUGGGCAGGCUGCCCUCCACCUACAGGAAGUGCUACAUGCUGGACUUUGGGCUGGCCCGGCAGUACACCAACACCACGGGGGACGUCCGGCCCCCUCGGAAUGUGGCUGGAUUUCGGGGGACAGUCCGCUAUGCCUCAGUCAAUGCCCACAAGAACCGGGAGAUGGGUCGCCAUGACGACUUGUGGUCCCUCUUCUACAUGCUGGUGGAGUUUGCAGUGGGUCAGCUGCCCUGGAGGAAGAUCAAGGACAAGGAGCAGGUGGGCAUGAUCAAGGAGAAGUACGAGCACCGGAUGCUGCUGAAGCACAUGCCCUCCGAGUUCCACCUCUUCCUGGACCACAUUGCCAGCCUGGACUACUUCACCAAGCCGGAUUACCAGUUGAUCAUGUCGGUGUUUGAGAACAGCAUGAAGGAGCGGGGCAUCGCGGAGAAUGAAGCCUUUGACUGGGAAAAGGCGGGCACUGACACCCUGCUAUCCACCAGCACCUCCACCCCGCCCCAGCAGAACACGCGGCAGACGGCAGCCAUGUUCGGGGUGGUCAACGUGACACCUGUGCCCGGCGACCUGCUCCGGGAGAACACAGAGGAUGUGCUGCAGGGCGAGCACCUGAGCGACCAGGAGAACGCACCCCCCGUCCUGCCGGGGCGGCCCCUCGAGGGGCUGGGCCCAGGCCCGCACCUGACACCCCACCUUGGGGGGCCUGAGGCUGAGGUCUGGGAAGAGACAGAUGUCAACCGCAACAAGCUCCGCAUCAACAUCGGCAAAAGCCCCUGCGUGAUGGAGGAGGAGCAAAGCCGAGGCGUGGGGGUCCCCAGCUCCCCAGUGCGUGCCCCCCCAGACUCCCCGACAACCCCAGUCCGUUCUCUGCGCUACCGGAGGGUCAACAGCCCGGAGUCUGAGCGGCUCUCCACCGCGGACGGGCGGGUGGAGCUGCUGGAGAGGAGGUCGAGGAUGGAUCUGCCUGGCUCACCCUCCCGCCAGGCCUGCUCCUCGCAGCCAGCUCAGAUGCUGUCAGUGGACACAGGCCAUGCUGACCGGCAGGCCAGCGGCCGCAUGGACGUGUCAGCCUCCGUGGAACAGGAGGCUCUGAGCAAUGCCUUCCGCUCGGUGCCGCUGGCUGAGGAGGAGGACUUCGACAGCAAAGAGUGGGUCAUCAUCGACAAGGAGACGGAGCUCAAGGACUUCCCCCCGGGGGCGGAGCCUAGCACGUCGGGCACCACGGACGAGGAGCCUGAGGAGUUGCGGCCGCUGCCCGAGGAGGGCGAGGAGCGGAGGCGGCCAGGGCCCGAACCGGCCGUGCGGCCCCGGACACGGGGCAUGCAGACCCUGGCAGAGGAGGACGCCCGGCACGCCCUGCCCCAGCCCCCACCGCCCCAGCUGAGCCAGGCCGAUGGCCGGUCGGAGACAUCACAGCCCCCCACUCCCGGCAGCCCUUCCCACUCACCCCUGCACUCGGGACCCCGCCCUCGACGGAGAGAGUCGGAUCCCACGGGCCCGCAGAGACCGGUGUUCUCUGUGGCGCCCCCAUUUGAGAUCAACAGUCUCCCACGAACUGUGCCUCUGAAUCUGCCCUACCGGGACUUCAAGCGGGACCUCUCCGACUACCGCGAGCGGGCGCGCCUGCUCAACCGCGUGCGCAGGGUGGGCUUCUCCCACAUGCUGCUCAGCAGGCCCCAGGUCCCGCUGGCUCCAAUUCAGCCUCAGGCCAACAGCAAGGAGGAGGAAGAAGAAGAUGAGGAGGAGGAGGAGGAGGAGGAGGAGGAGGAGGAGGAGGAGGAGGAGGAGGAGGAGGAGGAAGAAAAGAAGGAGGAGGAGGAGGAGGAGGAGGAGGAGGAAGAGGAGGAAGAGGAGGCAGCCGUGGCCCUCGGGGAGGUGCUGGGCCCUCACAGCGGCUCCAGCAGCGAGGGCAGCGAGAGGAGCACCGACCGGAGCCAGGAAGGCGCGCCCUCCACGCUGCUGGCGGACGACCAGAAGGGGUCCAGGGGCCGGGCCUCCAUGGCCGACGGGGACCUGGAGCCCGAAGAAGGCUCCAAAACGCUGGUGCUCGUCUCCCCUGGCGACAUGAAGAAGUCGCCUGUCACUGCCGAACUGGCCCCCGACCCUGACCUGGGCACCCUGGCUGCCCUCACUCCUCAGCACGAGCGGCCCCCGCCCGCGGGCAGUCAGCUGGAUGUGUCGGAGCCUGGCACCCUGUCGUCCGUGCUCAAGUCUGAGGCCAAGCCCCUAGGGCCCGGGCCGGGGCCUGCCUCGGCGGGGGCCGGGAACACAGGGGCAGGGGGCGUGGUGGUCACUUCCUCACCCUUCACCAAAGUCGAGAGGACCUUUGUGCACAUCGCAGAGAAAACCCACCUCAAUGUCAUGUCUUCUGGCGGGCAGGCCUUGCGGCCCGAGGAGCUCAGUGUGGGGGGUGAGCUGGGCCUGGGGGCGCCCUGUGAUGGGGGCAUGCAAGAGGAAGGAACCCCAGUACCCUUAGAGAAUGGCAUCGCCCCGUUGGGGCUUGAUGGGCCUGAGACAGAGAGCUGUGCCGUGUCCUACCAUCCUGGGGACACACCAUCAGAGCUGGCCACAGACGCACUGCCCAAUGGCCCGACCCUUGCUGAAGGGCUAGGCCCAGUGGCCCCGCUGGAGUUCAGCCCCGAGAAACUGGCUGCCACCUCCCCCAGCUGCCAGGCCAGGCCAGGCCCACGCCCCAGGAGCCGCAUCCCUGUCCUGCUGUCGGAAGAGGACACGGGCUCAGAGCCUUCGGGCUCUCUGUCGGCCAGAGAGCGGUGGAGCAAGAGGGCCCGGCCCCAGCAGGACCUGGCCCGCUUGGUGAUGGAGAAGAGGCAGGGCCGGCUGCUGCGCCUGGCCUCCGGCGCCUCAUCCUCCUCCAGCGAGGAGCAGUGUCGAGCCUCUGGGACGCUCUCGGGCACAGCCUCUGAGGAGGACAUCCCCGCCUCUGAGCCUGCGGUGACCAGGAAGGCCUGGCGGGUGACAGCCUCCCGGAGCCGGAUUCCCCGCCCCAUCAGCAUCCGCAUGCCCAUGCCUGCCUCAGCCCAGCAGCCCCCCAGCAGACCCCACAGCGCAGUCCCAGCACCCGACACAGCCAUCACCAGCAGGCUCCAGCUGCAGAAAGCCCCAGGGUUGGCCACCGCUGCUGACCUCCGCCCCAAACAGGCCCCCGCCCGCGGCCCAGGCCCAGGCCCAGGCUCGGGCCGAGGCCGAGCAGGAGGCGCAGCGGCAGGAGCCAAGCCCCCUGGAGCAGCCUCUGCCCCGCGCAGUCCCGGCCUAGCGGGCUCUGCGCGCAACCCCAGCGUGUCGCAGUCCGCGCGAAGCCAGUCCCUGUCCCGAAAAGAGAGUCCCUCCCCCUCGCACCAGGCCCGGCGGCCCGCGGGCGCCCCACCACGGGGAACCCCGCCGACCCGGGCCCAGCCCGACAUUGUCCCCUCCUCCCCGGGGGGCCCCAAGAAAGGACCCAGGGGGAAACUCCACACUCAGAGCGCAGUAACCAAAGGCCGGGCGGGGGGCGCCGAGGGCCAGGCCGGGGCCAGAUCCUGACGCCCCUGGCUUUCCACGGCUAGACUGGCCCUCCCGGGUCCCCCACCCUCACCCCGGGCCCCCACCCGCAGCUGGCCAACACUGGAACAGUCCCCAGCACAGCCUUACGCGCCUGACGCGCCACCCGCGGCCCCAGUUUCCCGCCUGCUCACCACGGAGGUCAUGCGUGUUCCCAGGGUGCC